AGUAGUUAUUACGACAAAGCACAGCAACACUGGCCUGUUCUUUUUGACGUUUCUUUGGAUCGUGCAAAGUCAAACACAAAAAUGGUGAACGUACCUAAACAGCGCAGGACGUACUGCAAAAAAUGCAAGGUCCACAAGACCCACAAGGUGUCUCAGUAUAAGAAGUCCAAGGAAAGGCACGCCGCCCAGGGCAGAAGGCGUUACGACCGCAAACAGCAGGGUUAUGGUGGUCAGUCCAAGCCCAUCUUCAAGAAAAAGGCGAAAACCACCAAGAAAAUUGUGCUCCGUCUGGAAUGUGCUGACUGCAAGGUGCGAUCCCAGGUGGCGCUGAAGAGGUGCAAGCACUUCGAGCUUGGUGGUGACAAGAAGAGAAAGGGACAGAUGAUCCAGUUCUAGGCGCGAUAAUAAAUAAGAACAACUAA